CCGAUUUAGGGGGAAACUUGGACGCGCGGAGGGAGGGAGAACAGUGGCAGAGAGAUGGCCGGAGUAGGAGCAUUUUGGGGGACAAGAGUGAUGGAGAUAGUGAAAAAACACGACUCCGGUGGACUCCUUUGGAAGAGAAUAAAGCUUACUCCUACUCGUAAAGCCAACGCUAAGAAGCGUCUUCGUCGAGUUUGGCAGAAUGAGGCUGUCCUAAAGGCAUGUGCAGCACCACCGCCUUCACAAGCUUCAGAGCCUGGUGUUGAGGGAAGUAAUGAGAAAGACACUGGAAGUAGCUAAGUUAAGAGACAAACUGAGUAAGACCAUUAGGUGAGCCUGGACAGCAGGUGUUUUGUGAUUCUGUGGCUUCACGAUGCCAGAUAUUUUUGUUAUGUUUCAGAUUAAAAAUUAGUUCAACCUUGUAAGUGACCUUUGUUUGAUCUUUUUAUAGAACUAAAUAUUAGUUUAUGAGGUUCCAGUCUUGAGCAAGGGAUUGUAGUAAAGUUUGUUUAAUUCAUUGGAUCAAAUUCAAUUAUGAUCUUAUAUGCUCUGACCUAAUUGAUUGCUGAAUCGUAAAUCGGAUAGCCAUGUUUUAAUUGAAAUAUUUGCAACACUCUUAAGAACUUUAGCCAGUCAUUCUGAAUUUUCAAAAA